AUGGGCAUUCGGCGAAACUGUCGGGGAAGAUUGAACUCCAUUGCCAGCGCCUCUCUUUCGGUAGCAACGGAAAGAAAAUGGGCCUAUAUCAAUAAGCUCCACAGCAGGCCCAUAGCUGUUGAGACGGAGGCCGCCAACAAGCAGCAUUAUGAAGUUGGAACUGGUGUUUUGACGGCGUGUCUAGGACCGCGGAUGAAGUAUUCGUGUUGUCUUUACCCCAAGGGAACCGAAACGCUGGCGGAAGCUGAGGUGGCCAUGCUAAACUCGUAUGUCGAGAAGGCCGAGCUCAAGGAUGGCAUGAGCAUCCUCGACCUUGGCUGCGGCUGGGGCUCCUGUGCGCUCUAUUUCUCGGAAAUCUUCCCCGGAUCCAAAAUUACGGCGAUUUCCAACUCCAGGACGCAGAAGGAGUAUAUCGACUCAAAAGCGAAAGAACUAGGUCUUACCAAUCUUAACGUCAUCACCGGGAACAUCGUCGACUAUGAGUUCGAAUCCGAAUCUUUUGACCGGGUUGUGUCUAUCGAGUUGUUUGAGCACAUGAAGAAUUACGAACAGCUUAUGGCGAAGAUCUCCAGGGCGCUGAAGCCCGAGGGUAAGCUAUUCGUGCAUAUAUUCGCUCACAGAUCCACUGCCUAUGACUAUGAAGAGGGCUGGAUGUCGACUCACUUCUUCACUGGGGGCACCAUGCCAUCUGCGGAUCUCCUCCUAUAUUUCCAAAGGGAUCUCAAAAUACAGCAUCAGUGGGAGCGGCGAUUGGAGAACCUACUCUGGUUUUACGACGCCUUCGAAUGCUCGGACGUUGAGGUGUCGGAAGUAAAAGAGGCCCAGGAGCUUGCAAAUACACCCUCGCCCGACUACACUGCGACCCCUUUAGAGUCCGACCUUUUUGAAUGGCAUUUUACUUUCAAAGGGCCCCCGAAUUCGGUUUACGGUGAAGGCAUCUAUCAUGGGCGCAUCAUACUACCCCCUGCAUACCCGCUCCGCCCACCUAGCUUCAGAUUCAUGACACCGAGCGGCCGAUUCGAGACCAAUCGCGAAAUCUGUUUGAGCAUCAGCGGCCACCAUGAAGAGACGUGGCAGCCGGCUUGGGGUGUUCGCACCGCCCUUGUCGCGUUGCGGAGCUUCAUGGAAACAGACCCUAAAGGCCAACUGGGAGGCCUUGAUACCACGGACGAGGUACGAAAGCGGCUUGCGACUGAAUCGCUCUCUUACCUAUGUCCGGCGUGUGGAAAGUCCAACGCCGACAUAAUCCGCGAAUGCAGUGAACAAUCGGAAGCCAACCCGGAUACAUCGGCGGGUAAUAAAGAAAUCGACGUGCCCUCGGAUUUGAGGAUGAGUUGGAAGGACGAGUUAGCCCCGGGCCCGGGGACCCAGACACAGCGAGAUCAGUCGACCGCGCAACCGAUUAUAACCGACCACCGCCCCGACGCCUCUGUUGAUAGUACGGAGCAGAUCAAACCAGCAGAGCAGGCGACCAGCCCGAGGACGCAGUCUUCCGCCCCUGGUCCUGCUUUAUCAACAAGAACAGCGCAGUCACAACCCCAACCCCAACCCCAACCCCAGAACGUCGGUGUUCCCCGCUGGCUCGACCAGCUCAUUUUCUUUCUUUUCGUUGUUCUUGCCGCUGCGAUAUUGCACCGGCUGCUUUCAUCCACCACGACAACCAUAUGA